GGCAGUUUUUUUUUUUUUUUUUUUUUUUUUGUCUUAACUGACUAUGUGUGACUAAAAGGCUGAAUUUUACUUGCAACUUUGCUGCUGAGAAUACGGCCCAAUUUUUUCAUAGAAGAAUAGUGCUCUUUAAGAAAUAAUAGUUUUUAAAUGUUUAUCUCUAUGCCCAAGAAAAGACGUUAGCCAAAUCUACGAUCACCAACAGAAGACUGAGGACACCUUUAGUUUCUGUGUCAUCUUACGCGAUUCCUGUGGGAACCCUUCUGUGUUUUAGAAACAAUCAAAUAAACCAUUAAGCACACUUCCUCAUGCUGAAAACAACAAUCCAUGUGUAGCCAGUGGGUGGCGCAGCUUGGUGAACUGUUGCUCUUUGUUCUGGUCGCCCAGGCAGCUCUCAAACCAGCAAUGCCCCCUGUGAUCAAGGACCAACCUUUCAACGUUUUCUGGGCUGCCCCUACUUUGUUUUGUAAAAAUAAUUUCGAUGUAAAUAUGAAUCUUCAAAAGUUUAACAUCAUUCAAAAUCCUUUCGAAACACAGAGUGGAUCCACUAUUGCCGUAUUUUAUCCAAAGGAACUCGGGUAUUAUCCGUAUUUCUCUGAAGAUGGAACAUCCUUCUAUGGUGGAAUACCUCAGAAUGUGAACCUCUCUGAGCACCUCAGGAAAAGUGCCAGUGACAUUGCGGAUGCUGUCACUUUGUGGAGAUCAGAAGGACUUGCUGUCAUCGACUGGGAAGGCUGGAGACCCCAGUGGGAUAGGAAUUGGGGCAGCAGAAUAAUAUAUAAAAACCACUCGCUAGCCUUCACUCGACACCACCAUCCUGACUGGGCGGAAACGAAAGUGAGAACAGUUGCCCAGCAAGAAUUUGAAAAUGCUGGAAGAAGUUUUAUGAACGUUACUCUCACGUUGGCUUUAGAAAUGAGACCAAAGCGUUUAUGGGGCUUCUAUCUCUAUCCAGAUUGCUAUAACUAUGAUUACCGGAUAAAUCCAGAGUUCUACACAGGUAGUUGCCCAGAUGAUGAAAUUUUCCGCAAUGACCAACUCAUGUGGCUGUGGGAAAAAAGUGCGGCACUUUAUCCUUCUAUAUAUUUGAGUAAAAUAUUAAAAUCAAACUUAAAUGCACUGAAAUUCGUUCACUUUCGAGUGAGAGAAGCCCUAAGAGUUGCCGAGAUGGCUAGAAAGGACUAUGCUUUGCCAGUUUUUAUUUUUUCCAGACCAUUUUAUUUGCAGAGUAUUGAGGCUCUAUCAGAGGAGGACUUAGUGCACACAAUUGGUGAAAGUGCUGCACUGGGAGCAGCAGGAGUAAUCUUGUGGGGAGGAUAUGACUAUGCUGAUACAAAGAAUACUUGCUUAUCUGUGCAACAAACUGUUCAUGGGCAAUUGGGCCCCUAUGUUAUCAAUGUAACAUCAGCAGCAAAGCUCUGUAGUCAAAGUCUAUGUACCAGUCAUGGAAGAUGUGUUCGAAAAACACCCGAAUCCUCCUUUUAUCUGCAUAUGCCUGAGGAUAGCCGCAAGAAUUAUGUCACAAACAAGAGUUUCAAUUUUGUCAUUUCUCCAAAAAAUAAGCUGAAGACAAUAAUGAAUAUGAAGAAUGGAUUUAUGUGUCACUGUUACUAUGGUUGGCAAGGAGAGUCCUGCAAAUCUCAUUCUCCAAAUCUCCAAAAGAACAAGGCUCCUGCAACUGGAUUUAAUUCAGUAGCUUCCGUUGGCAUGGCCUUAUUUGUGAUUCUGAUGAAUUUUUUUCCUAUUCCCUAAAACCCUAAAGAUAAAAAAAAAUCAUUAUUUUUCUUUGAUUUCAAGCCUUUUCUAAUGAAUUUUUAGUUUUAAGUUUCAUACAAGUUGUUUGAUGCUUACUUCAUGCUGGGCAAUAGGACUAGACCUGUCCUCAUGGAGCUUAGAAAUUAAGAAUAAAGAAGCGAUAAAUAGACACAUAUGAUGGUGAUAGUAGUUUAUAGAAUAAAGUGAAGACAGGUUUAGGGCAUUAGAAAGUAUUAGAGAACACUGGGAAUUUUAUAAAAGUUUGUCACAUAAGGCCUUUAGAGUGACAAAAUCAAAUAGCAGAUGAAUUAGGUCAACAUUACCAGGUAGCCAGAUAUUAGAGUUUCUUCCUGUAAUCUGAGCACCUGGAAGGCAGAGAUUGAUUACAAGUUCAAGGCCAGCAUGGUUUACAAAGUGAGCUAAAGUCAGUCAAGACAACUUAAUGAGAGUUUGUCUAAAAAAAAAAAAAAAGGAAAAUAGAAACAAAAUAGGAAAGACCCAAAAGAAUGUAAAUUGUCUGUCUGGGGAAUGUGUUCUUGAAAUAAAAAAGAGCAAAUCUAGAGGAAACAACUCUGCAUUCCAGGGAUUGUAAACUUUUAAAUAACAAGCAACACAACAAUAACAAAACAACAAAAACACCACCACCAACAAGGACACCACUAGGAUACUUACCUAGGGAGAUGAAAAUGACUCUUUAAAUGGUUUCAUCAAGGAUUAACUUUAUUCAGAGGAUGUUUGCCUCAUCAAUAUGAAAAGUAAAUUCUAAUGGCUUUCUUUACAAUAGGAUUUAUGUUAGAGAUUCUUUUGUUUGAUACUUUUUUGGUUUAUUGAAAUAUACUAUACCUAAACAGUCUGUUAAUUGUCACUGGAUGGUAAUUCAUUUAAAAUUUUUGUUAUGGUGACCUUACAUAACCUAGCUGUAAUCCAAAUAAUUUUAUUUCACAAAGACACAGUAUUUUCACAGAGACUCAAUAGAGUGUGGUGUCCUAAAUACUAUUUAUUUUCUAAGGCUAGGAAAGGUAUUUUCCUGUCGAAAAUGUCCCAAAUUUUGCACUAUUAAGCAGAUAUCAUCCUGGAACACACACAGAACUUUAUAAAAUAUCAUAUUCAGAUUCUCAUACUAACACUAAUUGUUUCAUUAACUCAUUAUUCCAUAAUGUAUUCUGAGAAAAAGUAAAAAAGUAGAGAAGCUGCAUGGGAAGCUAGGUUGAUGGGCAUGUAUAAAUUCUGUUUUGUUGGUCUCCUGUAGCACAAAAACUAUAUUUACAGGAACUAAAGCCUUCCCCACAAAUAUACAAUGUUUUUCAUGAAUAUUCAGUUGCCUACUAUGUCAUACAAGAAGCAAUGGUUCUUCCUAGUCUUCCAGUGAUGAAAAAUUAUUUAACAGCUAUUAUAUCAGGGGUCAGACACUGAACUUCUAGUAAAGCAGGAAAGGCAGAUAUUAAGUAUUAACACCAUCUUGAAGAUGAAGGAAACAAAACAGGUAAAGAGUAAUAGAGACAUGCUCAGUUGUUUCCAGCCACCAGUGGACACACUAGAGGUAGGACCCACUGUUUAAAACGCCCCUGAAAUAAUUAGGAAAUAUGAAAGGACUGGUCUAUGACGAGAAAGGGGGAAAACAAUUAGUAGAAGAAAUGCUAGCAAUCCCAGAUAGUCAUUUACAAAUUCCCAAAUAAGAACACUAUUAAAUUUUAUUUCACUAGUAUUAUAAAAUAAAAACAAUACCAC